UACCAAAGAGCCCGACCUGCCAAAACCGUCACUAAGAGCUGUGGCUUGAGCCCGUUGAGAUGAUUGACAGCUCUGCCAGGUACCGCCUUCCUUGCCCAGAGACAGGGCGGUGACAAGCAAGCUUUUGAUCGAGGUGAUUUUCUCCCAUGAUCCCGGCUUGCAUUCCCGCCGAAAUGUGCCCUGCCACAUGCGGAGAUGCUUGGGGUUGCGUGCAUGACAUGGAGCGCGCCUCCCGUUUGAGCAUUUUAUGGAGUCUGGAACUCUGGAUGGCCUUUACCGGGACAAUACGUUGAGACGUUGCCUGCACAUUAUUAUUCCUUGUUUAGUAGUCAAAUGGGAUCAAGAAGCGGUCAGGUACGCACGUACAUCUAUAAGUGUGGCUUCGAAGGAACAUUAUCCGUAUAGACGUUGUACAUACGGAUAUGGGACAACAAACGGCCGACAUCACGACCCGGAAAAGACGGGAAAAGUGCACCUCGGGUUCGCACAGACUGUGAGACACAAUUCCCGGGCCCAGGGCACGCACGCUGCCAGUUUGGCGAUCCGAGAAAUUCAGAUGUGCAAUUCCCAUUUUGGGCCUUUUUCACUUUUUGAUUUUCGCUCUUUCGGGCGUCCUGUAACUCGUUUGGGGGAUCGCCACCCACAAUCGUCCAUUCUUGGCACGGGAAGGCACCACCAUCGGCCGAGACGUUCUGCCACCCGCGAGUGUCUGUGCGCUAGCAUUUCCAUGGCACUUUCCCAAUCAACGAUCCUUGUCCUUUCCCUCUACCUCCGUAUGUAAUCAAUAUCAGAUGAACUUUGGCGGGCAGGUGACGCCACCUCAG